CUUUUAUAUAUUCUCGGAAUACCAAACAAAAUAGGAAAAACAAAAAAAAAAAAAAAACACACUGAUAUCGCUCAGUCUCUUCAGUUCCUCUACAGCCGUGAAAUUAGCUGCUGUUGCCACAUUAUGGGGAUUCCGUGUUAUUUCCUCGUUUCCUGCAUUCUGCUCUCCUCCGUGGCUGCGGCAGCGGUGACCCAGCAGCAUUGGUCUCCGGCGACGGCGACUUGGUACGGGAGCCCCGAGGGCGACGGCAGCGACGGCGGCGCGUGCGGCUACGGAUCGCUGGUGGACGUGAAGCCGUUCCGCGCUCGAGUCGGCGCGGUGAGUCCGGUGCUUUUCAAGGGCGGCGAGGGCUGCGGCGCGUGCUAUAAGGUGCGGUGCCUCGACCGCUCGAUCUGCUCGCGCCGGGCGGUCACCGUCAUCAUCACCGACGAGUGCCCCGGCGGAUACUGCUCCGGCGGCCGCACGCACUUCGACCUCAGCGGCGCCGCCUUCGGCAGGCUGGCUGUGUCCGGCGACGGCGGCCAGCUCCGCAAUCGCGGCGAAAUCCCCGUCAUCUUUCGGAGGACUCCGUGCAAGUACCCGGGCAGAAACAUUGCGUUUCAUGUUAACGAAGGAUCAACUAAUUACUGGCUCUCGUUGUUAGUCGAAUUUGAAGGUGGAGAUGGCGAUGUCGGAUCCAUGCACAUAAGAGAGGCCAACUCGAACCAAUGGCUAGAGAUGAGUCACGUUUGGGGUGCAAAUUGGUGCAUUAUCGGUGGCCCUCUACAAGGGCCAUUCUCCGUCAAGCUCACAACCCUAUCCACCGGAAAAACCUUGUCAGCGAGGGGGGUGAUCCCUCAAAACUGGGCUCCCAGGGCUACCUACACCUCCCGCCUUAAUUUUAACCACUGAUUCUCAGUAGUAACUUUUUAUACCAAGUUUCUAUCAAAGUCCUAUAUAUUUUUAAUCCCUUCAAAGGAAAAGUGGCCAAGAAAAGUUGCACUAUGGUUAGCUUUUUUCUUUUUAAGCUGGGAGGUGAGGAGACGGACGAUGAUCAGAGGGUUUUGUGCGAUUCCUUAGAAGCUUUUUUUUUAUCUUUUUUUUCCCUACUAAGUGUAGUGUGCGAAGCAUGAAAUUGCUUUUAGUGUUUGUAGCCCUCUCCAAAGGAGAGAGUGCGAUUGAGAGUGGGGGUACUAUAUAAUUCUAGUUCGUGAGUGGUGCUACUUUUCUACAUUGCACAAGUUAUGGUUGUAUUUUGUUUCAUUGCAAUAUAAUAUAAAUGCAAUCAUAUUUGUUUUCGUUGAA